CGGGCGGAGAGCCUGCUGCGCUUUGUUUGAACUCCGACCGAACCGGAUAUUAACAGCAUAUUAACCGGAUAUCCGAACAUCCACCGAACGCGCCGACGUUCUGCUCGGCACGAGGCGACGCUGACGUUGUUGUUAGCCGGCCAAGCUAGCGCCAGCGGAAAAUUUGUUAGCGUCAGCUAGCUUACGUCGGCUAACGAAGAGCCCCGCUAGUUAACCCCGUCACCGUCAUCGCUUUUAGCCGGCUGUGCGUGUCUGUCGUCCUGUCUUCCUACGAUGGGAAACGCGGCUACCGCCAAGAAAGGCAACGAGCAAGAAAGCGUGAAAGAGUUCCUAGCCAAAGCCAAAGAAGAUUUUCAAAGAAAAUGGGAUUGUCCGCCACAGAGCACAACUUGCCUGGAAGACUUCGAUAGGCUCAAGACCCUGGGCACUGGCUCAUUUGGGCGGGUCAUGCUCGUCAAACAGAAAGGAACAGACCAGUUCUACGCCAUGAAGAUCCUGGACAAACAAAAAGUGGUGAAGCUGAAGCAGAUAGAACACACGCUAAAUGAGAAGAGAAUACUACAGGCUGUCUCCUUCCCCUUCCUCGUCAGACUGGAGUACUCCUUCAAGGACAACUCAAAUCUUUACAUGGUGAUGGAGUACGUCCCCGGUGGCGAGAUGUUCUCGCAUCUCAGGCGCAUUGGAAGGUUCAGUGAACACCACGCACGAUUUUAUGCAGCUCAGAUUGUACUCACCUUUGAGUACCUACAUUCACUUGACCUCAUUUAUAGAGACCUGAAGCCUGAAAACCUGCUCAUAGAUCAACAUGGGUACAUCCAGGUCACAGAUUUUGGCUUUGCGAAAAGAGUAAAAGGUAGAACCUGGACCUUGUGUGGGACUCCUGAAUACCUGGCACCAGAAAUCAUCCUCAGCAAGGGCUACAACAAAGCUGUAGACUGGUGGGCACUGGGAGUCCUGAUCUAUGAGAUGGCUGCUGGAUACCCUCCCUUUUUCGCAGAUCAGCCAAUCCAGAUCUAUGAGAAGAUUGUUUCAGGAAAGGUACGAUUCCCCUCUCACUUUAGCUCUGACCUCAAAGAUCUGUUGAGGAACCUGCUCCAGGUAGACCUUACCAAGAGAUUUGGGAACCUAAAGAACGGUGUGAAUGACAUCAAAAACCACAAGUGGUUCUCAACAACAGACUGGAUCGCAAUUUAUGAGCGAAAGGUGGAGGCUCCCUUCAUGCCAAAGUGCAGAGGGCCAGGAGAUACAAGCAACUUCGAUGAUUACGAAGAGGAGGACAUUCGUGUCUCAGAUACGGAAAAGUGCGCAAAAGAGUUUGCUGAAUUCUAGUGAGUGGGCCAGGUUCUUGUCAGGGCUCACACGUGGGGAUAUUUUUUGCACUCUUUUGAAGGGUGAAGGUGGAGCUGAGACCAUCAUGUGUUCAAAACAAUUGCCUAGUUCCUUCAUUCCACAAGGCUGAAUGAGGUCCUUCCUGCCAUGAUCCCUCUCGCGUGCAGUUAGCACUAACUAAUACACAGGCGCAUCAUGCAGACACUCCUCGUGCUGCAACACAAGAAGUACUAGACCAUGUUCUUUUCUUUUCCCUUUCUCUUUUUUCCCCCCUCCAUUUUCUCUUUUCUUUAUCUUUGCUGCUUUCUAGAAUUUUGUCCUUUCUCCACUUAUUUCAAUUCAAGCGAUCAUUUGCGAAGUGAGACAAAAACCAAUUAUAUGCCCGUUUCACAGUGGCACAAAGAGUGAUUGAUUGUAUUAGCUGGUAUUGCACAUUUUGUGAUUUCAGUUCUGGGGAAAUAGAAGAGGAGGUUUUGGUCCCUGAUCCUGCCAGUGAGUCUUGUCUGUUACAUGCCUGAGUGUGUUUUUAGGGUUCGAUUCAACUUUACUGGCCCGGUCUAUAAUCCUAAACAUUUUGCUGUCCUUAAGAAGUAGAACCUUGUCUUUGUGCAUAUAGAAAUAUACAUAUAUCAGACAUGAGAUUUUAAAACACCUUGUGUUUUUAAAGCAUGACCAAAACUUUAACAACUGAUAGGCAGUCAGUUGAGGUUAAUACUGAACCUUUAAUUUCAGUGUUUUUCACACCUGGGCAUUCAGUACUUGAACAGAGGGGUUCGCAUAUAAAGGCGAGCCUAACUAUGACACAGAACUAUGUCCAUGCUGUAUUAGUUUAUCACUUGUAGCAUUUCUCCCUAUCUGCUGAAUAGGGCAUUUUCUUUUACCUCAGAUUAGGUAUGGCAUUCAAAUGAAUAAAGGACAACGUAUAUUUUUCAGGUACAAUAACAAGUUUCAUUAGUCGGAAAGGAAAUUCAUGGGUUUAAACUUAAGUAGUUGCAUAAAAAGGGUCAUCUUUCGUUGGCACAUCCAGAAAAUAUGAAGAGCGUCGACAAGACUUUUUUAACACAUUGUUAAAAGUUGAAUGGUCAGUUUUUUGGUACGCAGUUGUGGCUGUGAAGCAAUGUUGGUAACAAGGACAGGUUUUGUCCAAUUUGGGUCAUUUCUCACUUUUAAAUGCUAAAGGUUCUUUAGCAAAAAGCACUCGAAAGGCGUCGUCUGUCUGUCACAUUUGUUUCAUUUCAGUUUUGAGUCUUGCAUCUUUGUCUGUGUUACAUUUUUACUGUCAUGAAAAGCUAGUGUUGCCUUGAAAACGUAUUUGGCUCCUAUUGCAUUUUUUCUAUAAGAAAGCCUUGGAUUCAAAUGUAUUGUAACGUAGAUCUUUAUUUGGUCCCCAUCCAAAACAAAGGAGGAGAAAGAAAAUCAGAAACAAUAAUAAUCACGACAGAAUUUUUUUUUUUUUUUUUUGGGUAAGAUUUGCAUUUUGUAGCUCACGGCUUGGUUGACCCAGUCAAAUAGUGUGAUGACAGCCCAUGUUGUCUUUGGAUAAAUCUCUACCCACAUUACACACUGAUGGAGCAAUAUUUGCUCUUUUUUGUCUCACAUAAUUGCUCCGGCUGUGUUAGGUCAGUUAGGAAAUAUUAUUGAGCCGAGAGUUUGCAGUAGUGCCUCAUGUUUCUCAGAGUAAAUAAGGUCAGAAGUCAAAGUCGGACUCAUCUGAGGCCACUUCUGUGGUGCUUAGGAAGUGCACUGAGGGUCGAUGCCCCCAUCAAAAACACCACCUUUCCCCCAUGUUUAAAUUCCCCCUUUAGUCUGUUUUGGAAAAGAAGCACAAGUUUUUAUCCUGGAUUACUCCUAAUUGUGCACUAUUGGUUAACCAACCAGUUCUGAUUCAAAUUGACUUGACUGCUAAAAAAUCAGUUCCUGACUCUGAGACCAUCUCCAUGGGGUUGCAGGUUGGUUUGGUGACCAAGGAGAUUGUUGUAAAGCUAGUCAGUUGGUCGAGCUCCACAAAGAACAUUAUGUUUCUUCUUUUAAUAGUCAAGACACCAAAGCUGUCAUUGUUCCAGCUGUUUUGAUACUUUUUGGGGGAAACGAGUCUUUCCGCAUGACCUGUGACCUUUCAACAGGAAGCUCAGAGUGCAGGUCAGUUGCAGAGCAGCACCUCCCAGAGCCGGAAGGGCCUCAGUGACUCGGUCAAAGAUGGGGAUUUUUGUACAGGAAGUGUAUGGGUGAUGGAACCUCCUAGAUAAGCUUUUUAUUUUGCACAUUGUUGAAAGCAAUGAUGCAAUGUUGAUUUUGUUAACCAUUAUUUCACAUGGUGCUCAACAGUGUUGUAGUACUCGAGUCCAGGACUCUGACUCGAGUCCUGAUUUUCGUGACUCAACUUGGACUUGAGCACUGGUGACUCGGACUUGGACUUGGACUCGAGCAUUGACUGCACUCGGACUCGGAAGUUGGAGAUGAGGACUCGGACUUGUUAAUUGAUAAAGACUUUUUUAGUUUUUUUGUAAUAGGCCCUAAUAAUUUGGCAUAAGAUAUUGAUAGCUAUAGUAAUACCGUAACAUUAUUCAAUGUUAUGGUAUUAAUAUAGCUAUCAAUCUCUUGUAUGUCAGCUUUUUUACGGUGCCAGAGUGGAGCACUGGAGCCAAUCUUGGAAGUCGACUCAGACUCAACCUUGAUGACUCGGACUCAGGUAAUGGGGACUUGACAUUGACUCAACUCGGACUCUUCUUUGAGGACUCGGACUCGAACACUAGGGACUCGAGACUCGACUCAGACUGGAGGUUUAGUGACUCGACUACAACACUGGUGCUUAAGGCUUUGUGGAUGCCUAGAUUGAAUUCUCAAAUCUUCAUAGUUCAAAACGAAAUUUUCAAUCAGAUUCUAGUUCCUAAUUAAAACUUCACAAUCUGAGGCAAGCAAAUGUGACAAAACUGUGGAGCUCAAUACUUUUUUAAGGCACUGUAUGUUGAUAUUGGCUCUGCCUGAAUAUGGCGUUGUAAUUUCACACGUCUUUUGUUGUCGUCUUCCUCAGAGUAGGCACAUGAUGUGGCAUUUCAUUUAAUUCUUAUUUUAAAAGGCACAACUGUUUUAUCAUGCCUUUUUUAUUUAUACUUAGAGGUGUCUAAUAAGUUUUAUCUUCUAAAUGUUUAAUGUUGCAUAGUUCUCUAUGUAUGAAGGAUCCAGAUGUUUUAUUUACAGAAGUGUUUAACAAAGAAAAAUAUUGGAUUAUUUAUUUGUACAACUUUCGUUUCCCCAGUACCCCAUAUAGAAAAACACGUCUGUUUUUGCCGCAGCUAAUAGACAUUGAUACUCUCAUGCCUAUUUAAAGUCAGUCAGCUUUUCUUUUCCACUUCUGAAAUGAAGGUCAUGCUUAAACGGGGAUUUAAAAUCAAUUUCAGAGUUUGGUAAGAGAAAUAAAUGUAAUAGGUAAUGGCUGAGCCUUCAGGGAAACCCAAGGUAAUUUUCAUUUGGAAAAAUGUAUGAAAAGUUUAUCCCCUGGGAAUUUAGCAUGUUUAAAUCCAAAAUGCCCUAAAUGUGUAAAUCUUUCCAGAAAUGUGCAGUAAAUCCACAAUGACUAUGAUGUGUCAUUAUCCCCCAAUAUGUGUGUAAUGUUUCUUAAAGUUAUUUGAUGUGAAAUGAUGGCACUUUUUUCCUGAGCCACCUGACACUCCUUACAAAACAAUAUCAGUUUAAUUUAUAACUUCUUUAUAGUCACACAUGCCGAUAUGGCCGUAAUAUGGAAUAUCUACAUAUUUAGUUUGUUGGAUAUUUUGCACAAUGUCAUUUAGAAGGCUGACACUUUUCCCCACCCAUAUUUAAUUGUAUUUGCAAGGGAAGUAUAACAUACUUUGCUGUAGCAGGUUUUAUGUAACAAAAGAUAUAUGUCACUGUAAUAAAUUAAACUCUUUGUAUUAAAAAUGAGGAUUGUUUCUGUUUAAU